AUGAGUAAGAUCACCUUUUAUGAGGAUCGAAACUUCCAAGGUCGCUCCUAUGAGUGCGACGCGGACUGCCCUGACAUGCAUCCCCACUUCAGCCGCUGCAACUCCAUCAGGGUGGAGAGCGGCUGCUGGGUGCUGUAUGAGCGGCCCAACUACUCUGGUUACCAGUAUGUGCUGACCCGUGGGGAGUACCCUGAGUAUCAGCACUGGAUGGGCUACAAUGACUCCAUCCGCUCCUGUCGUACCUUCAACUAUACCAGCGGUGGGCCUUAUCGCAUGCGCAUCUAUGAGCGCCCUGAGUUCCAGGGUCGCAUGAUGGAGUUCACUGAUGACUGUGAGUCUGUCCAGAAGAGUUUCCAGAACCGCAAUAUCUACUCCUGCAACGUCCUCGAGGGUUACUGGACCAUGUUUGAGCACCCCAACUACCAAGGCCGCCAGUUCUUCCUUAGGCCUGGCGAGUACCGCAAAUUCAGCGACUGGGGCGCCACCUGCGCCAACACCGGCUCCUUCCGGAAGGUCACUGAUUUUUAA